AUGACAUCUUUAUUUAAAAUUGUUUGUUACGCACUUGAAAAAUUACCAUCAAUUUCUAAAACUAUUUAUCGAGGAGUAAAAAUAGAUCUGAGUGCUCAAUAUCCAGUAGGAAAAACAUUUGUUUGGUGGAGUUUUUCAUUAUGUACGGCUUCAAUAGAAGUACUUCAAUCUGAACACUUUCUUGGAAAAACAGGGAGUGGAACUCUAUUUAAUAUUGAUUGUAAUUCUGGAAAAGAUAUUCGACAACAUUCAUUCUUUCCAACGGAAGAUGAAAUAUCACUUAUUGCUGUUCGACAAUUUAAAGUGGUCUCGUGUCUUGAUUCGGGUAAUGAUCUUCAUAUAAUUCAAUUGAAAGGAAUGAAAUCAGAUCAUCCUCUUCUAUGA